CUAGUCUAGUAGGGAGAGAAAAGAAAAAAAAAAGUCUCUCUUCUCCUUUCCCCCAAAUCGACGGACGGACGGACGGACGGACAGAGACUCCCAUGGCGAUUUGGUUCUAGCAAGCAAGCAAUCUAGGUCUUCCUCCCGAUUCCCCUUCCUUGGACUGCCAACCGCCGCCGGCUGCUUCCCGCCGCCCCUUGUCGUGCACGCCGCCGCCCAACUGCGCCGAGUGCCCAAGGAGCAAGAAGCACCGGGACUCUUGGUCAGGGAGCAAGCGAGGAAGGAGAUAGAUAGAUGGCGGAAUUGGUCGGCCCGCGCGUGUACAGCUGCUGCCACUGCCGCAACCACGUCUGCCUCCACGACGAUAUCAUCUCCAAGGCCUUCCAGGGGAGGAAUGGCCGCGCGUUCCUCUUCUCCCACGCCAUGAACGUCACCACGGGGGCCAAGGAGGACCGGCAGCUCAUGACGGGGCUCCACACCGUCGCCGACAUCCACUGCCGUGACUGCCGCGAGGUGCUCGGGUGGAAGUACGAGAGGGCCUACGAGGAGUCCCAGAAGUACAAGGAAGGCAAGUUCAUAUUCGAAAAGGCCAAGAUUGUGCAGGAGAAUUGGUAGCAAAUAAAUGAAACAAAGAUAAGAUUCAACCAACCAUGUGCUCCCAGGAGAAUGCUCUCUUCUUUGUACAUAGCAGCACUCCGUUUUCUUGUUUUUAAAACUACUACUACCAGUCUGUUGGGUGUUAUUUCCGUGCCAUUUGUAAUUUGUUCUUUGAAACUCCGUUUGUGAUUUGUUGUGUGGGGAGACAAACUUGUCUUCAUUUGUGUGGGAGCCAUUUUCUCAUUGGUCAUAAAUAAAAUGGAUGGUGUAUGAUUGUA